AAAAAAUCAAGUUAUCUCUAGUUUGACCGCCAACUUUUGCUGUUCGGCCGCCGCCUCCAAGAAGUGCAACCCAGGUGGAUCGCCCCACCCCGCCGCCUGCCCACCGGCAGCGAUGAACACAAACAGAGAAGCACACACAGUUAUGGCAGGAGCCCAAACUGCAGCGUAAAUUAUUACAUCUGCAAUUUUACAAAGCAGAAGCACUCAUUCAUCCCCUUUUUCGUCACUUACUUCCCCUCUUAACUUAGCUCAUGCCACCAUUGCCGGAAUCGCAACCAUAUUUUCACAAAUCACUCGGUCAUCCCAAUGCUAAACUAGGGUUAAUUUUGCGGUUUGGUCAUAUUCUAUUAGAAAGCAAGUUUGUGCCCGCCACCUGUUUGAUGAAUAUCCCCAGAAUCAGCUUCCCAUAAAUCAACUGAAUUCAUGUUCCACACACGCCUUCGAACAAUGUUCCGUCAACACCAAUCGCUCGCGCGGAGUGUGAAUUUUUCAGCUGAGACCUGUUCGCCUCGUGCACUAUGCCCUGCUACUGCCUCCGAUUUCGUUGAGCUGCCGCGAAAGCUGAAACGGUCUGAGCGGAAGCCAUGGGUGACCGACGUCACCGAACUCAAGCGUCGAGAGAGAUGGAGAAGACAAGCGAGGAGGGUUGUUCGAGAGGUCAAGUUAAAGCCUCCCGAUAAUGGGUUGUUGGUGAAAGAAUUAAUCCCAGUUGCUCGUGAUGUUCUCGCUGCUAGAACACGAUUGCUCUCUUGCGUUUCCAGAGUUUCCGACAGCGUUCCCAUCUUCGUUUGCAGGGUGUGUGGAGAUGUGCAUAUUGGUGAUCCACCGCAUAAGAUUAGAAGUUGUGAUGUGAGUGGUAGCUUGAAGAGCAAAGAGCAUGUAUGGAAGAGAGGCGGCGUUGAUUGCAUAGUGCCUGUUGUGGAAUCCUUUCAUCUGUAUGAUAGGCUGGGAAGGGCCGUUUCACACGAGGAGCGGCUGGAGGUGGAUCGCGUUCCAGCUAUUUUAGAACUCUGCAUUCAGGGUGGCGUGGACAUGCCCGAGUAUCCAACAAGAAGGCGCGACUUCCCAGUCUACCUGGUUGCUGGAAGGUUGAUAGACUUCGAGAAGAGGUUCCCCAAAAAUGGCUUCUCAGGGAAGGACAUAAACAUAAGAACCUCUGGAUUCUGGCAGAUGAGGAAGAGGUUGAAUGAAGAUCGGGGGCCUUUGGAUUUUCCAUGUAACGAUCUCAAAGAGUGUGCAGAGCAAGGAAUGGAAGCAUUGGAGAAGUUGCGGAGCGGAGUUGGGAGACUGAUGAAGAAGUACGGUGUGAUCACGUGCGCGUAUUGCAGCGAGGUGCAAGUAGGGCCUAAAGGGCACCGGGUGAGGCUGUGUAAGGCGUUCAAGCACCAGAUGAGGGACGGGCAGCACGAUUGGCAGGAGGCCACCUUUGACGACAUCUUCCCUCCAGUUUACGUGUGGCACGUGCCCAACCAACCCAACUCGCUCCUCGUUGAUGCUCUCAAGAGAUACUACGGGAAGUCACCUGCAUUGGUGGAGCUGUUUGCACAAGCCGGAGCUCAACUAGGAGAAAACUAUAGGGGAAUCAUGAGAGCAGAUGUUGUGGUUCCCAGUUUGGAUGAGGAAAGGUUGGCUGUUUGAACCUGGUAUAUAAAUCUUUUUGUUUCUCCUACAAUCUAGCUUCUUCAACUUGAUUCUUCUACAUUUUGACUGCAUUGUAGCUUCCUCUAAGAUUCUUUGAUGUUUUCAGCUUUUCUUCUGCACUUCUUAGUUCUUACUAGCUUCUGUUUCACAGUUUCAAAGAUGCUAUGCUCCAAAAAUGAGCUUUUAGUU